AUGGCGUUCAACCCGGAGUACGACAGCAUCGCGAAGGCCUUCGUCCAGCACUACUACUCCAAGUUCGACCAAGGUGAUGGCGCCGCCAGGGCCCAAGGUCUUUCGGACCUAUACGAUCCCGAAAACUCCUACAUGACUUUCGAGGGAGACCAGUGCAAAGGCCGCGACGGCAUCCUCCAGAAGUUCUCGGUAGAAAAAAUGAAAUUCACCAUGAUAAUUUUGAUUUUUAGUCCUUGACGUUCAAACAAAUCCAACGAGGGAUCACCAAAUGCGACUCUCAACCCCUCUACGACGGCUCGAUCUUAGUAAUGGUGUUAGGACAGCUCAAGGUGAAUUUUUUGACGUUUCAAAUGUGCUCAAAAAUUCUUACUAGUGCGUUGAAAAAAAAUUCAAUGAAUGUCUCGAGACCAAAAGCCGUUUUCAAUAUACGUCAUAAAAAGAUCUUUUUUUAAUCCCGAAUAAUAAUCGCUAUAUUUUUUUCAAAUCAAACAUCGAACUAUCAUUAUGAUUAUUUCUUUCAAAUCUAAAAGGUAUCUUUCAAACAAAAAAAUGAGUGAAUGCAACAAUUUCUACAGGAAAUGUUUUUUAAAGUUGUUUGAUAAUUAUUGUGAGAAUUGUCUGUUGUUCUUUGUAAGUGACCUAGGCACGACCCUACGCAACUUUUGAUCAAGAAAAAGAAUAUCCGGAAAAAAAUACGCCAAAAAUAUUAUUUUUCAAUUGCUUUUUGAAAACUGAGUCAAGCUAUUUCUGACCGAAUUAAUUUGCAUUUCAAAAAGAGUUUGAGAAAAAAAAUUUUUAAAAUUUUUGAAUAUAACUUCAAUAAGAAACGCUGCAAAGUUGGCACGUCUGUUUAAGUCCGUGCUAUGGCGGUCGGUCAAUAUUUUUUUUCGGAGUCAAGGCAUUUUUAUCUUCUUUGCAGUAUGUUAAGAACCUAUUUCUUGAGGUUACAAGAUAAUUUACGUCACAAAAAGUACACAGAUUUCCAUUUAAUUACCGAAAACCUAUCUAAACUUCCGCAAAUCGAAUGGUCGCUGAAACAGGCGUGUUGGGUUAAUUUUUAUAUAUUUUUUUUAAUUUUAGGAAGAACUUUUUUUGCACGAUUCUAUUAAACUCAGCUGCCAAAAUGAACCAAUUUCAUUAGUAUUUCCAAAUUAAUAUAUUUAAAGGAGAAUGGCGAAUUUUUAUGAAGAUCUCAAAGCGAAGAGUCGCUUAUGAAGUGUUCAAAGUAAUUUCCGCAAAAUGCAAAGUUAUCUCUGACCCUCCAAAAUUUAGUUAUCUUUUUCUUUCUCUGACCGUCAUUUAAAAUUUCGCGGAUUCAUUUUGAACAUUAAUCUUCAAAAAAAUUUUCGUGUUUAGCCUUUAAAAAUCCUCAAAAGAAUUUUCGUCAUGAUUUGGAAUAAUCUGAAAAAACGAAAAAAUGUUCUGCAGACGGACGAAGACCCGAUCAACCCGUUCUCGCAAAUCUUCAUCCUCCGUCCCAAUACCACCGGGUCUUAUUUCAUCGGCAACGAAAUCUUCCGUCUCGACCUUCACAAUAAUUAG